AGGAUCCAGGGUACCCAAUGGCAGCCAGCAGCUUGUAGAUUCUAAUGUCCCCCCAAAGCAGACUGUGAAGGCCAGUGCUUUGGGGAAAGCUGGAAUCAAAACCAAGAACUUCGUUCAGAAAAAUAGCAUGGACAAAAAGAAUGAGAAGUCCUAUGAAAAUAAACUUAGAGAAGGCCAGUCCUCGGACAAGCCAGAGGGAGUGUCUAUUCCAAACGGCGUGGUAACCAAUAAUUCCAGCUAUAUCACCAAUGGCUACGUAGGCAAAGGGGCCGAUAACGAUGGCAGUGGCUCCGAGAGUGGAUAUACUACGCCUAAAAAACGGAAAGGCAGGCGCAACAGUGCCAAGGGUUGUGAGAACCUGAAUCUAGUACAGGACAAAAUAAUGCAGCAGGAGGUCAGUGCACCAACCUUGAAACAGGAACUUGAGAGUUUCAAGCCUGAUUAUAGUGAACAAAAGGGGAACCGAAUUGAAAAUACUAAGCCUGUUUGGAAGUACGAGGCUGGGGCUGGUGGAGCAGGCCGGGGAAAGCCUGGGCUCGGGGAUGUACCCCGGAAAAACUCUGAUGCCAAACCUGGGAUUAGCAGCAAGAAGUUUGAUGACCGGCCCAAAGGGAAGCACGCAUCGUCGGCUACGUCUAAAGAGGACUCAUGGACCUUGUUUAAACCACCCCCAGUUUUUCCAGUGGACAAUAGCAGUGCUAAAAUUGUUCCCAAAAUUAGUUAUGCAAGUAAAGUUAAAGAAAACCUCAACAAAGCAGCUCAAACCCCAUCCACUUCGUCGUCUUUGUCAUCUUCGUCAUCUGCCGGGGAAGCUCAGGCCCAAACAUCGAGUCGACUGUCCCAGGUCCCCAUGUCUGCUAUGAAAUCUGUCACCUCUGCCAGCUUCUCCAAUGGGCCGAUCCUCGCGGGCACCGAUGGAAGUGUGUAUUCCCCAGGGACCCAGCCACUGCUCUCAACUGCUGCUAGUACUGUACCAUCGACCUCCUCCGAGUCAGUAGCCCAGGACAUGAGUACAACUUCGACAGCUCUAGAACAAAAGAAAUCUGGCCUUUUUAUCUACCCUUCAAAUAUGCAAACUGUGCUCCUGGGCGCAGCGCAAGUCGAUUUCCCUUCGCAGACGAAUCAGCAGAACCUGGGCGAUAUCUUCCAGAAUCAGUGGGGCUUGUCUUUCAUAAACGAGCCCAGUGCUGGACCCGAAACUGUUGUGGGGAAAUCUGCCGAUAAUCAGUUAAUGGAAGUGACAUUUCAAGGGGAAUAUCCUGCCACUUUGGUUUCGCAGUGUGCUGAAAUCACUCCCUCAGGAACUGAACAACCUGUGUUUCCUAAGGCUUAUGAGCUGGAUAAACGGACUAGCCCUCAAAUUCUUAGUGCUAUUCUUAAGCCUGGGACUGCUGUUGAGGGUGGUGUCUUAGCUUUGGAGUCGCAUCACACAGGUGACCUACAAAAGGCAGACACCGGUAGCCAAGGUGCUUUAGUGUUUCUUUCAAAAGACUAUGAAGUAGAGAAUCCUCUGGCCUCUCCCACGAACAAUUUGCUAUCCUCCGCCAAAGAACAGAGGUACCAGAGAGGCCUAGAAAGGAAAGAUAGCUGGGGUUCUUUUGACCUGAGGGCUGCUAUUCUAUAUCACACUAAAGAAAUGGAAGCGGUUUGGAAUUUGCAGAAGCAAGAUCCCAAAAGGAUAAUCACUUAUGAUGAAGCCAUGGAUCGCCCGGAUCAAUGAAGAGUGAAUGCAAGUGAUUAAGGAAUACAGACUCAAUUACAAGCCCGGUUUCAAAGUUCCUGCUGUCGUCUACAUGGGCAACAGCAACCCACUGGAGAGGCAUUUCCACUUGACAAGGUUUCUGUUUCUUGUUCUGUGACUGUAGUGACACACUAAUCACAGGGAAAUCAGGAUGAUUCACCAUCCUUCAUCUCCCCUUUCCCUUUCACCUCCCCCAUUUAGUUUCU